CGAACACUUAAGUGAAAAAAGAAAUAAAUUGACUUAUUCAAGAUCUUUUCGUGCCAAAAACGAUGAAAAUUAGUUUCUUGCACCCCUAUAAAAAAAUCUGCACGAAUUACUAACCUGAACACUUGAACUUUGUAGUUAGUGGCUAAAUGUCAACGUUAAGAGACAUCGUGUCAAAAAUGAAAAAAUUUCGAAUCGAUUUCCCUCUUUUCGACCGUCGUAAAAUAAGACCAUCCUGAAUGAAUUCCUCAUUAAAAAUACAAGACGUCUUACGCAUCCAGACGACACCGCAGGCGCACAAUGAACGUUCGAUCGAUUCCGAAGGGGUAGCACCCUCGUAUUAGUCACUCUCAUUUAUAGUUUCCUUCUAAAAAUCACUCAGUCUAUUUUUACGUUCCGCAAACAUAAUAAAAUAAAAUGAUACGUGCAUGGUGCUAGAAAAUAACCCUCAACUUAACACAUAAAAUGGCGUUCGCAAAUAAUCCCGCGCUGAAAACCCCAACUGUCCUCGAGCAGUUACUCGAGGAGAUCAAUUUCCAACGUACAAAAGAAAUGCGCCAACUUCUCAAAGAUGACUCGGGUUUCGUGAUGCUGCAAGGAACGACGUACUGGACGGAUUUGUUCGUGAGGCACUUCUUGUUCCAAAACGAAUCGACGAUAGACUGCGACGAUUUGUUGUUUUUCGUUAGGAAGAAACACGUGAAGGGGUCACCUAGGUAUCUCCCGAAGUUCGAGACUGAAGUGGACGUGUUUCGGAAAGAUAGUCGAAAAUUGCCAAUCGGCGACCCCGACAUCGACUGGGAGGAAACUGUGUACUUGAACCUCAUCAUCCACCAGUUCGAAUACACCCUAACACUAGCCAUUUGUACGAGGACUAGCCCCAAAGAGCUCCAAGUGCUCAAACGCCACUCGCAGAAAGUCUACGCUUCGCCUAGUAGACGAAGAAUGGACACCAAAGGCGAAGUCGAGGAGAUCACGUACCCUCACAUCUGCUUCAUGGUGGAUAAUUUCGACGAAGUGUUCCACGACAUUCUGGUGCGCGAUGGGGAGAUGGUUUGCGUGGAGCUGGUGGCGGCAGAUCGCGCCGGCACCGUCCAAGGGGUGAUCUUCUUGGGGUCCAUUCGCUACGACGCGCUGAAGAAAGUCUACGAUUCUAGGCAGUCAAGUCUGAGCACCAAAAUGGCCCAACGAAUGACGUUCGGUCUAUUCUCAAACUCCAGCAGCCAAAGAUGCGAAUUCGUUAGGAUGAAGGGGCCUCAAGGCAAGGGGCAUGCCGAGAUGGCCGUGACGAAGCCCAAAGGUUCGGGGGUGGAAACCCCCACGUCCGAACCGGGGUUCUGUGCCACGGACAUGUGGGACUCGGAUUGGGACGAGGACCCCGAGGACUUCUACGUGUACAGGAACCAAAGGAGACUCAGCGACCCCAGCGCCAACAUCAACAACUUCGUGCGCGGCGGGUGGAAGUCCAAGCUCGACGCCAAGUCCAGGUCGGAGAACGAAGGCCUGGACUGCAUCGACAACGGCGUGAGCGAGAUAGAAGCCGGGGAUUUGCGGGACGAGAGGUCCGGUCCUGCUUCUACAUCCAAGUCAACUUGCUGCGGGUGUUUCCAAAAGAGAAAAAGGGGGUCGAUUACGCUGUUGGAGAUGUACAGUAGGAAGUGCCUGGACCCGGCCAAGUGCGCCCAAAGGGCGCCCCUGGGACCCCCCGAUAACAAAUGCUCGUGCCGCCCACAAAUUAACAAUCUCAUGAACCAGUCCGAGUACGAAGUAGGCAAAGAGAAAAACAAAUCGCGCAAGACGAAGAAGACGAAACAGAUCCGCGAGAACGCGAACAACUACACGGAGUUCGAGUUCGCUGAUGAUGCCAUCAGUCUGAACAACGAAACGUUCGAGGAGCGGCCGUCCAGCCGCAAUUCGAACUCGUCGCUGAAAGAGCCGUCGGCCACCGACAAUCCCUACAUUACCGUGAACGGCAAAGAAGAACUCCCUUGCGUCGAGGAAAUCAGAAAGUAUUGCAUAUCGGACAAUAUAUCACUCGCGGCGAAAAGCUGCGACCCUAAGACUGAACCCAAAAUUGUUAUCACCCCCCAGCCGGACAAUGUAAAUAACGAUCGAAUCAAAGUCAAUAGGAACUUUGACGGCAACUACAACAAGCUGAGCAUUAAGAGCAUCUACAGCUAUUGCACUUUACCCAAAAACAAAAAGCUCGUCAACAACCACAAGAACUACUGGUUUAGGCAUGUCGUUCCGCCUAAGCGGAUCACGCCCGACGGGACGCACAUUUACUAUUGGUGCGACUUACAUAAAAGGGGACAUAACGAGUUGGACGAUGGCGCCUACAACCCAUUGUGGACGAUGCGGGGGUUCACGCAGACGUUCCACUUCUGGAAGGAGAACAAAAGGGCGCAAUCGGUGCCCUUGAACGCUUUCCUCACGUACGUGACGCUGCCUUGGUGGAGCAUUGCCAAAGACAUACUCGACCACCGAGAAGGUCCCAUCCUGACGUUCUAGUACAUUUUAAAAGGCACCGAUCCGUUGAAACCACAAUUUCGCAAACUUUCUAGUUUAUCUGUGAUUUUUAUAACAUUUAGUUGGAAACAUACAAUUCAAACCUAAUAUAAGAUUUCUGCGCCAGGUUUGAGCUGUGAUAUUAAUUUAAUACACUAAAUGUAUGUUUAUUACAAUAAAUUGAACGUUCUUUCAU